UUCUCCUACGAUUAGACUCCUGAUCUGCCGGGGCUCCACUUCUGGGGUUGCUCUUCUCCGCCUUCCCCUCGAUCGCUGGGUCUUCUUCGGUUUCGGCUCAUAGGCGAGAGCUUUUUCCUUUGGUUAGGCGUUGCUGUUCCUACGAUGGUGCCGGAGGGCGGGGAGUCGCCGGCGAUCGGGACCAUUUCCGGGGGGAGAUCGGGGAAGGGGCGGCGGCUGUGGAAGAAGGUGAAGUACCAAUUGGUGGAGUACCAUUCGCUGCCCGGCUAUCUCAAGGACAACGAGUACAUCCUAGGGUACUACCGUUCCGAGUGGCCGUUGAAGCAGAUCCUCCUCAGCAUUUUUACCGUCCAUAACGAGACCCUCAACGUCUGGACGCACCUGAUUGGCUUCUUUCUUUUUCUUGCUCUAACAAUAUACACGGCAAUGAAGGUUCCAAAGGUGGUAGAUCUGCAGUCAUUACAACAUUUGCCAGAUGUAUUAAAGAAAGCUGAUCUGCAAAAGAUUCAAUCAGAACUCGUGGCUUGUCUUCCUUCGCUACCUCACCUAUCUGAUCUGCAAAGAAUAAAGGAUGAACUGAAGACAUCCUUGGGCUCUCUGGACAUGCUUCCAUCUUUAUCUCGCUGGCAUCUGCUGCAACUUAUUUCAGACUGUCUGCCACACAGAUUUACACAUGCUACUAACGUAUCUGUUCUGUCAGCUGUGAAAGAUGAUGUGGCUAAUAUGAUAGCCCCAAUACUAGUACGGCCAAUUCCACGAUGGCCAUUCUUUGCCUUCUUAGGUGGUGCAAUGUUCUGCCUUCUUUCAAGUAGCAUAUGCCAUCUUCUAUCAUGCCAUUCCCGACGUAUCGCAUACAUCAUGCUCCGCCUCGACUAUGCUGGCAUCGCUGCACUCAUCUCGACAUCAUUUUAUCCACCAGUGUACUACUCAUUCAUGUGCAACCCAUUCUUCUGCAAUAUCUACCUCAGUUUCAUCACCAUUCUUGGAAUCGCCACGAUUGCUGUCUCGCUCUUCCCAGUUUUUCAGAACCCUGAGUACCGAUCCAUAAGAGCAGGCCUUUUCUUUGGGAUGGGCAUCUCCGGUGUGGUCCCUGUGUUGCACAAGCUGGUUGUUUUUUGGCACCGGCCGGAGGCGCUAUACACAACAGGCUAUGAGAUCUUGAUGGGGCUUCUCUACGGCCUUGGUGCAUUGGUGUAUGCUACACGAAUUCCAGAGCGGUGGAUGCCUGGGAAAUUUGACAUUGCUGGGCACAGUCACCAGCUCUUUCAUGUGUUGGUUGUUGCAGGAGCUUAUACGCACUACCGGGCAGGACUAGUGUACUUGAAGUGGAGAGAUCUGGAAGGGUGCUAGAAUUACCCUUCCAUGACAAGAGCCCUUCAAACCUUUACAGAAGAAGGUUGAACUUACUGGUUUGUGAAAGCUUGAGAGCUACAAUGAUGUAUGCACUACAUCCUGUUCGAAAAUAAUGCUUACCUCUCACAACGACAACAAUGUUGUGUUUGAAGCGGAACUUCUUGUUAUAAAUUCCUAUAGAUAUUUGAUUAUCCUGUAAGCAUGUCUCCAGUCAAUAGAUACAAAAUGGUCAUGCUGACUUAAUCUUGCUGACUGUAUUGUUGUUCUGUGAUACAACUGAUUAAGAAUAACUCACAAGAAUAACAGAUGGCCAGCAGCCAAAAUUGUGUAUCA